AUGUCGAAAGAUAACCACGAAACGAUUCGGCGUGAUAAAAAGUCAUGGAGAGCGUCUGUAUGUUCGUCUGUUUAUUCGACCAACGUACAAGGAUUCAUUGAUGAGCUAUCCAGCAAGUUCCCCGACCUAGACUUGGACGUCCAGUACCAGCAACUACCAUACAAUGACAUUGAUCAUUGCGAAAUCAAAGGCUCUGAUGUUAACAUCAUGAUACUCUGCCAUUCUAUCAACAACAGAGGGUUUGCCAUCACUGAUGUCAUGGACGCCCUCUACGACAAAUUCUUACCCAAGUCUGCCAACCUUCUAGGAAAGGCCAGAAUAUGCGUGAUAGUCCAUGACUUCCCCUCCAGCAAUAUUUUUGACACACCUGGCUACUACGGAGAAACGAUGAAAACCUUUGAAAGCCAGCAAGGUACAGCGUUUAAGCAUUCUUCUCUGGUCAUGAUGUGCGGUAAGCUGGAUGGACCUGUCGAGAUGCAGGAAACUAACUGGGAAGACUUGAAGGAAUUCCUGGUGAAGGCUGCCACGACUCCCAUGCCAUCAAAGUCUUGGUGGCAACCACCUUUGAAUCUCUGUCGAAGGCUAGUGCGAGGCAUAUAUGAUGUUAUAGCGACUGUGGUCACUUUUGGUCUAGGUGUCGUACUCGGCAAACCCCACAACACCUCAACCAUAACAAAAGGGGUAGGGUUUUAAAUCUAGUUUGGAGGGUUAUUUCGCUAGGUUUCUGUAAGCAAAAUUUUGAGUGGAAUGAUGUCCCCAAGAAUGUGAUGACCCUUUUCCCCUUGCUAGUCGGACAACAUUGGCGUGUUAAGAUAUCCGUCAGUACCCACUGUGAAAACUUAGCUUUCAAGACCCUGUCUCUGUACAACAAGUAUGAAACAAAUUUAUUGGUAAUCCAUCAAUGAUGAUAAGCUCCCCUUAAAGGUAGUAUGUCCCAUUUGUAGGCCAAAAAAUGAAAAGGUUAAAUUCACAUGACAUGUGAAAGACAAUACUAACUUAGAACAUCCCUCAAAACGAAAGGGAUUGAAAAUGUAAUUUUGUGGGGAAAUAACGACCGUAAAUUGUCGUAUCAAAUUUAGCGAGCGCGCUCGUUUCAUUAAAUAGUCUGAUUUUCAGACCCUUAAACCGAAUGGCAUACGUUUUGUGCUUCGCAAAGAUUAAUCAGCUUAAAUUUAGCAAUUGCAAGAAGUGUGUUAAUGAUGUGGAUAAAUGCUCAUGUACCCUUGACAGCUCAUUUUAUAUAUGUUAUUACCGAAGAAAAAAGAAGAAGUUAGUCAGUCACUCACUAGUGUCUGACAGUGAAGUCUAGAAAGCAAACGGGAUUCCUUUGAAUACUAGGAUUGCUAACGUUUAAAUUUCACAGAUAGGGCAUACGUUACAUAUUCUUAAUUCCUGCAAAUUUC